AUGGCGGACGCCGCUCGAGAAACGCUCGAUAACGCGUACGACGUCGCGAAGCUGCUCGAUUGCGGCGUUGAUCGCGAACAACUCGCGGUUUUGAUCGCGCUGAUCGAACGUGGGGUGAAUCCAGAGGCGCUCGCCGCGGUCGUGCGAGAGCUCAGACGCGAGAGCGAGGCGGUGGGGAGAGAAUAA